UCUCCCACUUGAUCGGCCCACCACGACGGAAGCCAUGUCCGUUUCGAGAACAAAACUCACCGGUCAGAAUCAACAAGAGCUGGCAGACAUGAGCACACCUCCCUUGGCCCUAGCGGGCAAGACCGCCAUCGUAACGGGGGCUUCGCGCAGCAUCGGCUACGGGAUCGCCUUGAAACUAGCCCAAGAAGGCGCAAACGUCGUCCUCGGAUACACCUCCCCGUCAAGCAGCUCCAAAGCGGCCGAGCUAAAGGCAGCGAUCGAGGCGCUGCCCCACCGCCCCAGGGCACACGCCGUCCAGGCGGACCUGGGCAGCCUCGAGGGCCCGGGGCAUCUCGUCAGCGAGACCGUCAGGUGGGCCGGGGCCGAGGGGCUGGGCGGCAGCGGCAGCGGCAGCGGCAGCAAGAUCGACAUCCUCGUCAACAACGCCGGCCUCGAGCGCGUCAAGGGCCUGGCUGAGCUCGUCGUCGCGGACUACGAUGCCGUGUUCAACGUCAACGUGCGGGGCACCAUGCUGCUGACGCAGGCCGCGCUGCCUCACCUCGGCGCAGACGCGCGGGUUGUGAAUAUCUCGUCGGUGGGCGCCAGGGCGGGAUUCAAGAACCUGGGGUUGUACUGCUCCUCCAAGGCCGCCCUAGAGGGCCUGACGCGCUGCUGGGCUGCUGAGCUCGGCGGGAACGGCACGACCGUGAAUGUGGUGAGCCCUGGUCCCGUGCAGAGCGAGAUGCUGGACAACAUCCCCAAGGAGAUCGUCGAGAUGCAGAAGCAGCAGACCCCGGUGCAGAACCGCCUUGGCACCAUCGAGGAGAUUGCGGACGUCGUGGCCUGGCUUGCCGGGCCUUCGAGCUCGUGGAUCACUGGCCAGACCAUCAGUGCGAGUGGUGGGUGGGCGAUGUACUGAGUGGUCAUUGGCAGGAACACGGGCAGGGCAAUGUUCUUUACACAGCAGAAAGUAUGGUUCUGAAAUGGUAUUUUCAUAUGGCGAGUUCUUUACAACAUGUAAACUGCCAAGGUGGAACUCCUUCGGAGUCAAUAAUAAAUUUAUUUGAAAGUGAUAA